AUGUCACGGCAGCCGAAGCUCUGUCCAAAGUCGCACAUACCGGGCUAUCCCAAUGCGUUCUCUGAUCUCGCAGCGUUGGCGUCAUUAUCGCAGCCGGAACCUAGGUCUGGGCCAGGCGAAGAGAAGUCGGAACAGCGACUCUUUCGAGUCAAGCGAAAGCAUGUCCUGAAAGCUUGUGAUCGUUGCAGGGUCAAGAAAACCAAGUGUGAUGGAAAGCAGCCAUGCAACCGUUGCUCAGCGCAUAACCACCCCUGCCUCUUCCGAGAGAGGAAAGCCACACAGACAAAAGUCUACUCCCGAGGAUUCGUUGAAAUGCUCGAAUCGCAUCACUCACUAGUCGUGAAGGCGUUGCAGAAACUUUACAAACUAUCCUUGAACAAGGAGGGAUUCCCCGGAGAGCCGCUUCCCGAAGCUUCUGAUGGGUACCCCCUGACGCACGCUAUCUUGGACCGUUUGGGACUGAUCAAGCAAGCCGAGGAGAGUCCUGAAGACAGCAAUGAAGACUCAGAGGAUCUACAGUAUUUGCGUUUGUUGUCCACUUCGGCUGAAUGCAGCGCAACGACAGACCCCUCUCCGGAACCAGCUACUCCCCCCGAACCGUCGUCCAGCAACUGCAGUCCCGUUGACCUCUCCCCUGUGACUGAGUGGAAGUGGAACUUCCCUUCAGUUCAGUCUGUCCGUUCAGAGCAGUAUCAUAGCUAUUCGAACCAGGAUUUUGCUGGUCUGGCGCUGUCUCGGACCAACAAUCUCACUGGUGAUACUACAUGUCUGGGGACAGCAAUAACUGUGCUCGGCCAUAACCAUCCAUACCUUUACUAUCUAGAUACUUGUAGCGCGGAUGCCAAGGAGUCGCUUGGCUCUUGCGUGACUGCCGGGCCUGGUUUUCAACAGCCUGCGUCCGCUACCGAGAUGCCUGUUAAUAUGCUUGGGGGCUUCGAUGUCCACCUGCAAGAGCAACAGCCUCUUCAUCCACCUCUUGUCCCUGGCUGGUCCUACCAACGCAGUUAG